UUAAAUAGAAGAUGCAAAUAAUUGGAGAGAGAGCGCCGGGAAUGGAGGGCACAGGAGGAGGAGGAGCAGCUGGUGCAGGCGGAGAAGGUGAAGAUCGGUUGAACCAGGCAGUGCAACAGCAGCUGAAUCUGAAGCAGGUGAAGACCCGCGCCAUCAGCCUCUUCAAAGCCAUCUCUCGUAUUCUGGAAGAUUUCGAGGCAUACGGCCGCACCAACACCACGCCCAAAUGGCAAGACAUCCUGGGUCAGUAUUCUAUGGUGAACCUCGAGCUUUUCAACAUCGUCGACGACAUGAAGAAGGUUUCGAAGGCCUUCGUGGUCCAUCCGAAGAACGUGAAUGCAGAGAACGCCUCCAUACUUCCUGUCAUGCUUUCCUCCAAACUUCUCCCCGAAAUGGAGGCGGAGGAGAACUCCAAGAGAGAGCAAUUGCUAGAGGGCAUGCAAAACCAAAACCUCCCAAUUCCCACUCAGAUUGAGAAGCUGAAGGCCAGACUCGACAUGAUCGCCGCAGCCUGCGAAGGCGCUGAAAAGGUCUUGGCCGACACCCGCAAAGCCUAUUGUUUCGGAACACGUCAGGGCCCCAUUGCCCCCACUCUCGACAAAGGUCAGGCUGCCAAAAUCCAAGAACAAGAAAAUCUACUCCGAGCUGCUGUCAAUGCUGGUGAUGGAUUACGCAUUCCCCUUGACCAGAGGCAGAUCACUCCCGCACCUCCCAUUCAUUUGGCAGAUGCACUUCCGGGACUCAUUGACCCUCCUUCUCACGAUGCAUCUUCUGCUCCUAACACUAUGUACAUCAAGAAUACCCCUCUCUCCUCCAACACCAUGCCUCCACAGAAUCCCUUGUUACAGAGCUCGGCGUCACAACUUUUGGGAAGAUCAGCAGCAUCUCCUUCCGCCCCAACCUCCACCACUUCUUUUGACAAUACAACACCUUCACCCAUGCCAUAUGCCAAUUCACCUAGGUCUUCUACAAAUAUCAUGAACACACCAUCCCCUCAGCAGCAAACCUCACAACAGCAAGCCCCAGUGCAACAGCAACAGCAGCAGCAGCAGCAACGUCAGAAACUGAUGCAGUUACCUCAACAGCAGCAAAUGCUUGCUCAGCAGCAACAGCUCAGGCAAUCAGCAAUGCAAGGAUUGGGACAGUUGCAUGGACAACCCCAGAUGCAAUUUUCUCAACCACUUGGGCAUCAGCAAUUUCAGGGUAGACAGCUGCCUUCAGGACAUGUUCAGCAUGGCAUUGGUCAAAGCCAACUCAAUCAAGGAAAUCAAAUGACUCGAUUAAGCCAGUUUUCUGGUCCUGCUAAUAGUGCACUAUUCAGUGCUGCUCAAACAACACCUAAUACUCAAAUGAUUCCAAACAUUUCUGGCGCACUGCCUUCACAGACUCUUCAUCCUCGGAUGCAGUUCGGAUUACCUGGAAACAAUCCUCAGCGAAGUCAUACUUCUCAAAUGUUGAAUGAUCAGAUGUUUAACAUGGGAGGUGGCAAUCCCAGUGGUAUGAUGCCCAUACAGCAGCAGCAGCAACAACAUGGUUCACAGGCAUUUGGUAGCAUGGCAUCGAAUGCUCAGAAUCUUCAAUCUGGGAUGGUGACACUUCAAAACACACAACAGAAUCACCCCAAUUUCUCUCAACAGAGACAGCAAAAUCCGCAGUGAUGAGGACUGGGCAUGGAUGAUUUUGCUUGAAACCCUGAACCGAACUUUGUUGCCCUAGAUACGUGGUUUAGAAAAACUGAACCUAACUUUUUAUUAUAUUUUGGGUCCAAAUUGUUUCUAAUUUUGUAAAAGAACUAAACUGUAAAAAGAAACUGGUUAGUCCAUUUAGGUUGACCGAUUAAUUGAAAUUAUAAGGCAGGCUUUUAUAAAUGCA